CGAGUCGUGAGGCGCUGCUCCCUCUGCAGAGGAAACCCUUCCCGACUGACUCUUUGCCUUUGGGCUUUACGUUCCCUCGCGCGUGACAAUUCCCGGAGCUGCGGCGACCCGCACCUAGGGAAGCUGUCAACCAGAGAGAGCCGGGAGAGAGAAGAGGGGAGCGCGCGGAGGCGGCGUUUGUCUUGGCUCGCGCCCGCGCGGUUCCCCGCACAGCUUGGCGCGCGGGUGCUCGAACUUCUCGGCCGCUGCCCUCGUGCCCGCGCCAGAGUUGGCGUUGAUCGCAGUGCGCUGGGGGAGCCAGUGACUCAGUUGCUCCAGGGGCAGCGAAGGGAGGCGGGAGGACAGCAACGCGAAGGCAGCGGCUUGACCCCGCGCGCUUCUGCGUCCGCGUGCUUUGCGGGGCUACGAGGAGGGGGCGGCUGCGAGCCUUGCCGCCGCAAAUCCUCCUCGGAAGGCUCCCCCCUCCUCCUUCCCCAGCGGAACGUCCUCCCUCCACCCCCCCCCCGCCUGCCCGCCCUCUCCUUCCUCCUGGAGUCAGCGAACGUGUGAGCAGCGAUGGCGGCCGCCGGAGUCCUGGCCAAGCACGAGCAGAUCCUGGUGCUCGAUCCGCCCACCGACCUAAAAUUCAAAGGUCCUUUUACAGAUGUAGUCACCACGAAUCUUAAACUACGAAAUCCAUCAGACAGAAAAAUAUGCUUUAAAGUAAAGACUACAGCACCUCGUCGAUACUGUGUGCGGCCAAAUAGUGGAAUUAUUGACCCAGGAACUUCAGUAACUGUAUCUGUUAUGUUACAGCCUUUUGAUUAUGAUCCAAAUGAGAAGAGUAAACAUAAGUUUAUGGUACAGACGAUCUUUGCCCCUCCAAACAUUACAGAUAUGGAAGCAGUGUGGAAGGAUGCAAAAUCUGAUGAAUUAAUGGACUCCAAAUUGAGAUGUGUAUUUGAAAUGCCUAAUGAAAAUGAUAAGCUGGUUUUAUCUUCAUCAAGAUCUGUAUACGUAAUUCCAGCCAACAGAAACUUUCUUCAGGAGCCUGCAAAUAAUAGACAGAAGAUUGACAUGAUGGAACCAGGCAGUGAGGUCAAUAACAAGACGGAUCAGAAUGAAAUAGAAACAAGUAAGUCUGCUCCAAUACUGAAUGCAACAAAGCAAGAUGGUCUGGUGCCAAAAUCACAUAGUGUUUCGCUUAAUGACACUGAAACAAGGAAGCUAGUGGAAGAAUGCAAAAGACUUCAGGCAGAUGUUGUGAAACUAUCAGAGGAAAAUAGACAUCUGAGAGAUGAAGGCUUGAGGCUGAGAAAGGUGGCACACUCAGAUAAACCUGGACCAUCAGGCUUGGCCCUCCGAGAUAAUGGCUCCAACCCUCUUCCUUCACUCCUUGUUGUAAUUGCAGCCAUUUUCAUUGGAUUCUUUUUAGGGAAAUUCAUCUUGUAGAAAGGGAGAGAGAAGAGAGAGAGAGAAGCAUGCAGAAUGCUGCUUCCUUUUUUUUUCUUGGCCAGAAAAAAAAAAUUACCUACCACUUCAUUGGUAGUAUGGCCAAAGUGACCAUUUUUGUGUACAGCAUCAUACAGGCUUUGCCUCUAAUGAUCUUGCACGGUUAGACAACACGAUAAAAAGACAAACUGUUCGGCUGCUGGACAAAAUUGUAUAUUAAUUCAUUAAUAGCAGGUGUCAGUUGCACAUUCAGUCCUUUAUGAAAACUCAUAAAUAAAGAAUUGUUCUUUCUUUUUGUGGUUUUAAUAAGAGUUAAAAUUGUUCAAAGUCUUGUAAAUGUUAUUUUAAUAAUCCUUUUCAAAUUUUAUCUGUUAUUCUUGCCUCUUGGAAAGAAUGAUUAUUAGAAUGCUAAUUCGCUUGUUCAGGAAAAUGAUGAGGCAUUCUGUGGGGAAAUGUUCCUCUUAGUGUAUACAUUUUUCCCUUCACCUUACUUUGCUGAUAUCAUGGCAGAAUUUCUUACCCUUGUGAGGUGGUUGUGGAAGAAAAAAAUAAUCAUCCUGACAGCCCUGUCCCAUGGUAUUUAACAAACAAAAUAAUAAAACUGUUAACAGACUUUCUGAUGGGUAGCUUGUUUCUGUGAAUUGUUCUUUUAGAAAGAUUUUACAACAUAUGCUAUACACAGCCUGCUUCUUGUCACAGAUUUAUAUUGUUCACUAGUUGUGGGUUAGACUGGUGCCAGUGAAGCUUCAGAAGAAAUGUAGCAGUUUCCAUAUUGUGCAGCAGCAGCUGUAAAAUUACCUGGCUUUUUAGGAAAAGGUCAGAAUUUGAUUUGUUUGGGACAUGGGAUACAUACUUUAAAUUUACUUUUUAAAAAUAGUUUUUUGGGUUUUUCAGAUACUUCUGCUAUAUCACUGAUAUUCUUUUAAAUUUAUGGAAUCAAUUGUAUCUUGAUUUUUCAUCCAGACUUAUUUAGGCAAAGUAUCCAUAGAAGAACAUUCCCUAUAAUGUUUCCAAAUAACCCAAAGUUAAUACUGAUGGAGAAAACAUUGAUCAUUUAGUUUUGUGAAAAAAUUAAGCCUUCUUCAGUAAAUGUCUUGGCACAGCUGCCUGUUAGCUAUGCAUAUCUUAAUUCUAUGAAAUUCAUUUUAUUUGGUCUGAAUAUUUUUUCUCCACAAUCUUGUGGUUUGUUUAAUUUCUGGUAUUCACUUCAUUAAAUAGAUGAUUUUGAAAGCACAAUACAGCUAUUCUACAUAAUCCAUCAUAAGGAAGCAUUUGAAAUUGAUAUUUUGGAAGGCUUAUACUUAUAAGCAGAAUUUUGUAUGUCCUUGGAUAUAAUGAAGCAGUGCUAUGUAGAUUUUAUAUAGCUGAGAACUGUUCUAGGAAAAAUAUAAAUCAUCUUGGUUGCCUUUGAUUUUUAAUGCUUUUUUUAAAUAGAACUACUUAUGUCAUGUACCAUCACAAUUCGCUGUGAUAAACUUUUAUAAACAUCUUGCAAUUUACAAAGAAGAUGAUGAACAAACUACUUGCCUGAUGUUUCACUUAAAAGCAUGCAAAUACAGUUACUCUUUGUGUUUUCUGGUAUCUGCAUUCUGACUUUGGUGACUUGAAGAAGUGUGCUCAUAUCCGGUUCUCUCUCAAUUGGUUCUAAAAGCAGUAGUAUUGUUCAUACUGUAUUAUAUAACUGGUACAUCAGGAGAAAGCAUUUAUUCCUUGAAGGAAGUUGAUCAUUGAAUGAGAUUACAAGGAAGAUUUAUGUACAGGCUAUAACUUCUCAAUAUGUUUGAUAAUUCUGUGAAAGAAGAAAGCUUCAAAGAUAUGUUCGCUGUUCAACAAAAGCUACAACGGUUUGCACUGGCUAAAUACUUUAGCAUUUAUUAGCCUGAACUUAGAAUUUAUUCCAGAUAGCCAGAAUUGUGGUGAAACAUAGUAUGAGGAAGUACUCUAACCUUGGCAGAUCUCUUGCCAAAAAUAAAAUAAAAUAAAAUAAAGACAACAAUAACAAAAGCAUUCCACAGCUUAUAAUAUGAUGAUCAUAAGUGUAAAAUUAGGGUCCUAGCUGGGCCACUUAGCAGGGCCAGGCUUUCAAAGACAAAUAUUAUGGAAUGAUUCAAUAAUUACUGUAAGUAGAGUGAGAAAAUCCUGUUUGUGGAUGCGCUUCUAGUUUUUAAUAAUCUUUUCAUAACUGUAUAUAAAAUGUAAUGCUAAACUAUUUCGCUCUCAGGAGUGAUUCUGGAUGAUACCAACUGUAUUUAGUGAAUUUAUGUAAUACGGAUUAAAUUGUCUGUUCCUGAAAUGGUUAGAACUUUGCCUGUUUGCUUGUGUACACCAAUGUGAGGAACAUACUUGUUCCUGUUAGUAAGUGCUUCCAUCAGAAAGUGCAGUGUGUUCACUGUAGUAGAUCUUAUGUAUAGUGAAUUAUUGGCUCCUGCAGCUUGCAUGAUGCAAGCUUUAUAUUUAAGGUUGGCAACUUUGCUUAUGGCAAGAAAUUAUAGCAAAAAGCAAAAUUAUUUAAAAGUCCUGAAAUAUGUUUUCGUCUGCUUCUUGCAAAGUAAGAAAGAAGGUCUGCCCAAAAUCUGUUUAAUUGAUUUGAAAGAAAAUAAUUAUGCUUAAGUAACAUUAAAAUGAUUUUUCCAGUGAAUUUCUCAUUGCCAAAAGUCUUUUGUGCAUUCAGGUAGUAUUAAAGAUAUUGGGAAAAUAACACUACAAGUUAUGAACUGAGUGAACAUUAACAAAAAUUGCAAAGGAUUUAUGGUACCCAUUGGUUUCUGUAAUACAAGAUGUUUUUGUUGUGUUGAAUGCAAAGUUUAUAAAAUAAAUUAAAACUUGGUAUUCAUAACAUGGGAAACUGGCAACUUCACACACACAAAUUGUUUUGGAUUAUAAUUCCUGAACAUCUAAAAGACCUAUACUAAGACUAGAGAUUAUAGGAGAAACAUAAUGCAGAAAAUAUGGAGAGUGCCCCAUUAGUUCUUGGUAACAAUCAUAAAACUUUAAUAUAGCCUGUUAUGCAAUUAAGCGUAUAAAAUAGGCCAUUGGAUUUGAAUAUAAUGUUCAGUAAAUACUGGCUUGUUGGGAUAAGUUGAAAUUUGUGUUCAAAUAAGUAUAUUUUGUGAAUCAAUGCAAUUGUGUAAGAAUAGACAUAUUCUUAUCUAACAAAAAAGACACAUGAAUAAUUUGAGAGGCUGUUUGAAUUUGUUCUUGACUCUCAGCAACUGUAUUCUUUUAUCUAAUUUGUGAAUUUAUGAAUUAAAGGAAACCUUUUCCCUGA